CUCCGUGUCCCUAGCGUAUCCAUACGCCGCGGAUAGCCUGACAAAACCUAAAGUCCGGGGAAAGAAACAUUUUCUGAAGCAAAUCGAAAAAGCGCCGACUCACACCCCACUUCUCCCCCGCCGAAAUGGUACAAUUCGCGAAUCCGCCCUCGAAAAGUAACGAUUCGGAUUCAGAAAAUGCAGUAAAGAUGACGGGCUUGAAUUCCUCCGAUCAAGAGAUUCCCAAUGGAUCAACACUGAGGAGCGGCAGUGGUGCGGAAGAGGGGAGUAGUAAAAAGAGGAUGAGGAAGCACAAAUCAGAAAAAAGUGCGAAGAUCAAUGGAUCGCAUUCGAAAAGGAGACAUAGUGUUAGCAAGCCUGCAAGGGAUCCUCGCGAUGAGGCCAGUCCUGCGAGGACGCAGAAGGAGACUGCUGGGACGAGAUCACCAAGUCCGGUAAUUGAUUUCGAUGGCUUGAGUAGACCCAGUGUGGGAACCAGAGAGAGGAAGGAAGAAACUCCUGAGCAAGCCGAAGCCAGACUCCAAAAGUUGGCUGGCGCCGUCCGUACAAUCCUCGAAUGCGUUGGCGAAGAUCCCGACCGUGAGGGAUUAUUGGGUACACCGGAGCGAUAUGCUAAAGCCAUGUUGUUUUUCACAAAAGGAUAUCAGGAGAAUGUGAAGGAUGUCGUGAAUGAUGCGAUUUUUCACGAAGGGCACAAUGAGUUGGUUAUCGUAAAGGAUAUUGAGGUAUUCAGUCUCUGCGAACAUCAUAUGGUACCCUUCACCGGGAAGAUGCAUAUUGGAUAUAUUCCCGAUAGAGAUGUUAUUGGAAUCUCGAAGUUACCGCGCAUAGCAGACAUGUUCUCCCGCCGCCUUCAAAUCCAAGAACGACUCACUAAAGAUGUGGCACAUGCAGUCAUGGAAGUGUUGAAACCACAAGGCGUUGCAGUAGUGAUGGAAUCAAGCCAUUUGUGUAUGGUGAUGCGCGGUGUGGAAAAGACAUCCGCAACGACCAUCACGAGUUGUGUGUUGGGAUGCAUAGAAAAGAGGGAGAAGACCAGAAAUGAGUUUUUCAGUCUGGUGGGUCUCAAUAGACGAUGAUCUAUAUUUGAUGGUUACUUUCUUGCAUUUCAAGGCGUUGGAUAUAUAAGGUUGAGCGAUCAAGGUCUUCAACACCAGCUCUGGUUCGGCGUUUUAUCUGGUCUUAACGCCACACAAUCAUAGCAAUCCCAUUGGGUAUAUUCUCUUUCCCCACAGCCUUUUCAAACUCGUUCGUCAAUCAUAAGUACAAUUCAAAAUCAAUCAAGGUUGACUCGGCCAAGCUCUGACCUUCCCAACAUCUUUCUCAAAUCCCCCCUCACUGACUGACUUCACCACUUUCUCCACCUCGCCCCAAACUCUCUCUCCAACAACAUCCACCGUCACUCCCGCAUCCACAACCCUCAUCUCCCUCUCAUCUCCAUCAGCAUCCAACAGACUCUUGAACAAUUCUCUAACCCUCAACUGCAUUUCCCUCUUCUCAUACUUCUCCUCUCCGUACCCACCCCUCUUCUCCGCCUCUUCAGUCUCCAGAUCUAGAAACACAACUAAAUCGGGCUUGGGAAGUCCUACAUCGCAUGUCUGGGCCCAUGAGAGAGAGAGAGAAGGAUUGUUCUUGGCGGCGCUGUAGACCAUGCCUGAGUAGUAGUACCGGUCACAUAUUAUGGUGUAGCCUGAGAGCAGGGUGGAUUCGAUCCAUUUUCUGAGGGGUUUAGUAUGGUAAGUGAGAGUAUGAGGAGGAACUCACGCUUUCUCCCAGCGAUUUGCUGAGAAUAGAAGGUGGAUUGCGUGGUCGUCCAUUUCGAUGGAGCUUUGUAAAUAGCCGUCUAUCAUUCUGCCAAUUGGAGAUGUUCGGUCUGGAGCAGCUCAGUUUAAAAUUCCGCAAUUGAGAAGAGAAAAUGUGAGGGGCAAUGAAAGAACUAUGAAGGAGAAAAGUAUGUGACAUACCUGGAAAUCUAAUAGUCUUAACAUUGUGACCUUCGGCAUAAAGCUUGUCACAUAACCGCUUCACUUGUGUCGUCUUGCCAGCUCGAUCCAACCCCUCAAUCAGGAUGAAAGCUCCUCUGGUCACAGGCUUUGCCACUUCUUGCCAUGGGUAAGGAUCUUCGGAGUUUGUGACCAUCUUGAAAUAAUAGGUAUACACGUUACUCCGUGCAAAAUAUUUAGUACCGAAUAUUUAG